CUCUGCGUGACGCGCAUGCUCGCGCGCCGCACCGGCGCUGCGCGGUGGGUCAUUGCGGCGAAUGCCAGAGGCGCUGGCUGGCCGAGAUGCCGGCCGGCCGCCGAUUCCCCGAUCUCUCGCACUGUCGCGGACGCCAGGCCGGGCACUGGGUGCAUCCCUAAGCGACUUUGACCGCACACCGAACCGAUCGAUUUCGCGCUCUGGCGGCCUGCGCACGCGCUCCGGCGGCGGCGAGGCCUUCCUUUUUCCCGCCUUUGCCCGGGCUGCCUCGGCCGGUAAGCACCGGUCGCCCGCUGCCGGCCGGCUCCUUGGUACCGGCGAUACGCGCUGCCGACCAGCUGCCGCCGUUUUGUUUUCCCUGGCGCUUGGCCGUGUCAUGGGCUCUUUGCGCGAUGGCUCUGUAGCUCUUUUCCGCUCGGCCACCGGCGACAUGGUCCGUUGCCGAUCUCUCGGGGCUGCCCGCACAUCAGCUGAACGCAUUGGCUUUGCCUGCUCCCGGCUGACAGCGCUGACAGGCUUUCCCGACGCAAUCUGCAUCAGCUGGUCAUACGACAGGGGCUUUGCCACCGGCUUGGGUGCUGCCGGCUUGGGUGCUGCCAGUGUUCGCUGCCCGGCCGCUUCUGCACGGGGUUUCCGGGCGGCUGCAUUCCGGGCCUGCUGCGCAGCCAGCUUCCGCUUUGCUUCCUCGGCUCGCUCUGCUUCAAUCCGCUUCCGCCGCCGGGCCUCGCGCUCUGCCUGCUCGCGCCGCUCUGCCUGCUCACGCUCGCGCACCCGCUGCUCCAGCUCCUUGCGCUGCCGCUUUUCCCGUGCCUCGCGAUCCGUGUCUCGGUUGCUGGUCGUAUCUGUCCGCUGCCGCUUGCGCUGCAGUGUCAUUUGCUGCUGCAUGUCAACUGUAUUUUGCUCUGCCAAGCGCAGCAGCCGUUCAAACUCUGCGCCCAUUUUGAAAGUAGAACGUCGUGUUUUUGCAAGGAAGAAAAAGUGUACAAGCGCAAAAUAGUAGAAAAUUAAACUGGGUGACAGAGAAAGUGAAGGAGAGGCAAU